UGUCCUUAAAAUUUAAUGAAUAUAUUUAUUAGCCCAUUUGAUACAGUAGAUGUUUUUGGAAACUGAUAAACUACAAGAGGACAUUUCUAUCAUUUAUCCGACUGUAUUAAGGUGUUUUUUUUUUUUCAGUUAUUUGUUAAUAACCUGCAUAAUAACCUGCAGUUUGAACGUAGCCUCAAUGUCUAACCUGUGUUACUAACCUUCACAGACUCCAUGAAAUGAUGCCCAUCUCCUAAAUAUUUGGUCACAUGAUCAAUGAGGAGGUGGCUCAACUUACCCCACUCUCCCCUAUUGUUUAAAACUGAGAAUGCAGCAUUUAAGAUUCCUAGUUCUUCAUUGAAAGGACAACUGGACUUACUUGAGACGUUUCGCCUUAGGCGAAAGAGUGUUAGAUUUUUGAUCCGUCAGACCUCAGGACAGUUUACGGACAAGUGAUAUUAAGACCAUGCGGUGACUCCAACUACAGGGUAGAUACCCAGGACAUGGACUCUAGUGAUCCCCAGAGCAUCAGGACUAAUUCCAAUUUACCCUUUGGCUCAACUUACCCCAGUCUCCCCUAUUUUAUCUACUCUGAUGUAUUGGAGUGAUUGAUUGGUUACUGUGAAGACAGAUGUGGGGAUAAAUAUUUCCUCUCAGGGCGUUGACUUCAUCAUGAUGUUAAAAUUCUGUCAUUUUUAUUGAGCAUAAAUAAUAAAAAUGAGGAGUCCAGUGUGACAGAUCAGCAGCCUGUAGUGACAUACGGAUGCCCGUGUGGCCACACUAAUUAUUGUCAGCGGCUGGGAGUGAUAUGGACUCGCAGAGAAAUGCAACGUCCUGCCCUUCUACAUCUUGACUAGUAGGAGUCAUGAACCGCUGCAAGGUGACGCGUCCUCUGAUUUCCAGCGAAACUUCACUCUAAUCACGCCGUCUUCUUCUUCAUUAAUCACCAUCCGAUCCUCCGUCAAAACUGCACCAAACACCGCGGAUCGGGACCGUCUUGCGCAGUGGUUACGGCGGGGAGAGCAAGCGGUGGCGGCGGCGGCCACUCCGGGGAAUGUCGGCUGGCCGUCAGUCCUGACAUCGGCCUCUUGUGAUCUCAGACGAGCAGGUAGAGUACGGAGCUUUUCCCCCCCAAACACUGACACUGCCCGAGCAUGCUAGCUGUCCGCUUCUUCUUCCUCAUCUCGUCUUCCUCAUGUGUGGGCUCGGGGAACUUUCUCCUCGUUUUUUAUCAAGUCCUUUACAGUCGCUUACGAGCCAAUAACAAAGUUCAAAUCCCGUUAGCUAGCAUUGGGUCGCUUGCAGAUGUGAGCUACGGCACAGCGUCAGUUUACAGGAGGCUAGCGGAGGAGACAUGAAUUAGCAUGCUAAGUUAGCCCGUGGACCGGUGUUCUGUCGGAGAUUGCACCCCUGCUGUAUGCACCCCCGCUGACGGGAGCGCGGUAUAACAAGGCGAAAUAAUCAAAGUUUUCCUUAAUAUUAGAUGGAUUUAAAAGUGUUUAUUUUUAAUGAUUUAAUUCAGGAUACUCAGAUAAACCGAAAACAACACGAAAAAACAGCUUAAUGUAUAGUUUAAUACACCUCUAUAUGUCGAUUUUUGAGACACAUAAAAACAGAGCGAAACUUUCCUUCUCUAUUUGACAUGUUGUCACGAUCCAAUACUCCUAUUUUGUCUCAAUUUUAAGAUCAAUUUCUCCCACUUUAAGAAGCUAAUGAGUGGACGGGAUGCAGGGGGUGCCUUCUCUGGCAGGGGUGCAUUCUUCGUCACAACACCCCUGUCUGUCUCCUGGAGUACCGGGGUUCACACCAGGGGCAUGUGUCCUUAAAUUCUCCUGACAACAACAAUGCGGUGCUUGCUCAACUUUACGUUUUCCUCCUCCACGGUCCACAGAUGCGAGUGUUCCCCUUCCAGAUGUGUUAUUGACCCGGAUUAUUAGCCUGUCAGCGGGCUAAUCUGUCAGAGUCAGCCUCGGUCGGCUCGACUCUUUGGAUGGUUAUUUUUGUGCUAAGCAGCUAAAACCGCGUUCAGGAGGUGACAGACUGCGUAACCAUACCUGUCACUUCAUCCCAGACUCAGCGUGGGCAUGUGGAGAGAAACAUGCAGCUGCUGAACACUGUCUGACUCUAAACUCACUCACUACACUGGAUUUAAUCUGUUUCAACCUGUUAAUGUAAUACAAGGAAAUUUUUAACCCUAAAAUUAGGAACACCAUCACUAUAGCACAGUGAUUUUUAUAGGGGAGACUGGGGUAAGUUGAUCCACCCCCUGUUGCUUAGAAAUGGUCAAAGAAAUUGAUCAUGUGACCAAAUAUUUAGGAGAUAGGCAUCAAUUCAUGGUGUCUGUGAAGGUUAGAAGCACAUGGGUGAAGAGGUUAGACAUUUAUUUAAAAAAUAUAUAUUUUUCACUCUUUCACUCUGGGGCUGGGCGAUAAAAUGAUAACAAUAUAUAUCGAAAAUUAAUUUCCCUCAAUAUUAAUAUCAAACAUAGUCGCUAUCCUUUUCGUUAGUUGUUAUCCUGUCAUAUUUUGGUAGACUAUAUGAAUAGCCAAUGAAAAGGGGAGUUGCCCCAGGUCCGCUUCGCACUGAACCAAUCAUGUGCACAAAAAGAACGAGUGCUACCCCAGACAGAAAUGAUGAUGAUGAUGAAGGCUCAACAGAUGACGACAUCCUCGACAACACUGGCGAUGGUGUGGAGGUAUUUUGUUUUUUUGAGGAACCCAUGGCACCUGUGCAGCCGAAACAGCCGACCGUUCAGUUCGCUUUCUCUAGAGCAGCGCCUUACAACAAAAUGUCGAAGAGACACAAAGACCUCACAGAUGCAGUAGUUUAGGGUUCGUUCACACUGCAGGUUAUGAUGCCCAAUUCGGAUUUUUUGUUAAAUCCGAUCUUUUUGUGCGGUCGUGAACAACUAAUGCGGCAUCUAAUGUGAACGGAAUGCAUCCUUGAAGUGACCCGCGUGUGCUCAAAGCAUGUUUGCUGGCUGUUCUCCGUUCCCUCAUCCACCAUUGCUUUCCGCGCCUGUUUGUGUUGUCGAACAAUGGUGACGUUUGUCGCAUAUUGAUGACGUAUAGGUGGGAUGAACACGACCUGAGCGUCCACACUGCAGUCACAUCGGAUUAGGGCUGAAACGAUUACUCGAGUAACUCGAGUAACUCGAUUAAUAAAAUUCCUCGAGGCAAAUUAUAUGCCUCGAGGAAUCGUUUAAAUCCGGAACCAUGUGCAGCGCACGGUGUUUGACACGGACGGUUAUUUCUGUUGCGCAGAAGCGUGCUCUUUCCGCUCCUUCCGCUGCCGCGCGUUUGGUUCAAUCAUGGAGGGAAACGAGGACAGACAGAAGCUGUGUCCGAAAUGGCAUACUGCCUGCUAUCUACUUACCUACUCAAGCAGUAGCUACUGCCUACUGACUACUCAAAGAUGAUUUGAGUAUGCCGCGGCUGCCCGAGCGUUUACACACAUACAUACUAAAUACCCCAGAAUGCAUUUCGUGCCGGCCGGACGCAGCGCCGGGAAAAUUUAAAUAGUCCUACCACAAGCUACACAGAACGACUGCAUACCGGACAAAUUAUAUAAAUUCAUUCAAUAAUAAUAUUUUUUCUAGCGAGAAAGUAAGUGUUUACAUCACGAUUAUGACCCCAGUUGUUUGAAAUAGUGGCUGUUUGUAAAUUUGUCUCGGCGUUUUCGGAGACCGAAGCGUCCACUUGGUCGGUGUUUGCGUCUAUUUACCGUAAACACCGGGCAGCAGCAGCUCCCCCUUCACGUUUCCAAAUUAUUGCGAAGUGUUUUCAUAAUCAACAUCUACACGACACAAACCGGGCGGCAGUGGAUGAAAAAAAUCACACAAACAUCCGUGUAUCCAUGGUGAUAAUGCUAUACACCACCUGCUAGGCGUGUGAUAAGCAGCAGAGGGCUGCAAAAUGACCAACACACAACAACAUGUAAAUAAAAAUGUAACACUUUUAUAUAUUGAAUAAAUGUACAUUUGCUUGUCAAAUUAUGUUAGUAUCCAAGAAUUAUAUUAUUUCAGCCUAUUAAUUAAACAAGUAAAAUUAGAUCCAAAGCCUGGAAAUAGUUGUGACUGGUUUAGUGAAAACUGCAAAGAUCAUUACCAUAGCAAUUAAAAGACCAUCUGCAGACCUUGCCUUCAGUAGUUUCAUGUGAACUACAUGGUAAAAUGUAAAACUUUUGGUUCCUGAUUUAUGCAGUAAAAAUAUUCAUUUGAAAGACCUGGCCUAUUUCAGUUUUGUGUGUUACUGAUGGUUUUUAAUGAGGCAAACGUGAUUCAAUGCAAAGUAUUACAGUGAGAGCAAAACAUUUCUUAUCCGAUUACUCGAUUAAUCGACAGAUUAAUCGAUAGAGUACUCGAUUACUAAAAUAAUCGAUAGCUGCAGCCCUACAUCGGAUAUAUAUCCGAUUUAUAUCCACAAACAAAAGAGGCCUGGGUCAGAUUAGAAAAAAUCAGAAUUACACUCUUCACACUUAGAUGAAAAAAUCAGAUAUGUGUCACAUAUGGUUAAAAAAAUCUGAAUUGACCUGCAGUGUGAACAUAGCCUUAUUGUAUCGGGAAAGACAUGCAACCAAUAAACACUAUUAAAUUUCAUUUUCUAUAUCGAAUACUGAUAUGAAAAAAUAAUUUACCAAGCUACCCAGAGACCCAUGAUACUCAGACAAACACAACAUCAUGAAAAUCACGUAAACAUGUUUGGUCGGCGAUGGUGUUGUAGGGUUAAGAGGCAUUUCUCUAACGCUGUGAUUCUGUUCACACCUGAUAAACAUCCCGUGGAGCUGGAUUUGUCUCAGAAAUUGAAACCACAGCAGCCAAAUGGACCUAAUGACAAAUUAAAUAGACAGUGUUACUAUCACAAAUAUGUGUUUUUUAUUUUUUAAACAUGCCGCCAAACAUCAGUCAGUGAAAGUGUGUGAUAUCUCCCUCACACACGUCCUUUCUUUAAUGCCUCGUCUCUGUUUAAAUGUGUUUUGAUUCAAGCCACUUAUCUUAUAACUACUACACCUUUCUAGUCCAGCCUGUUGAGUACGGUUUGAUAGUGCUGCACUUACACCUGUUUACAGAGGAAGAUACUACAGCUCAUCUCUAUCCCUCUGUGUGUGUGUGUGUGUGUGUGCACAGGCGCUUCUUACUGUUUGUGUAUCUACAAUAUCCUGGUGAGCUAUAUAUAGCACCUAACAGAGUUUGCAACUUGAUCCGAAUUGUCUUUCAGAGCCACAGUACACUCUGUGUUUCUUUCCACUUAAGGGGGAAUAUCUCCGGGCCCGAAGCGUCUUUUCUUUUAGACUCGACCGUCUUUGGCUUACCUGUAAGCCUUUGUGUAAACCUGUUGUACUUUGUGCUUUAGUUUGAGGAUGAUUUUAUUACACAGGGGGCUCUGAGAGUCAGGAUGCGGCUUAAACCAGGAGUUUAAAAGGCCUCAUAUUUCUGUAUUAGUGUGUAUUAUUUAUUACUUAUAACACAUAUCAGGUGAGGAUGAGGCAGUCUACCUGUGUUUUAAGUCCACACCUCUUUGGUUAAUUUGAAUGCAUCAGCUCAUAGCAGCCUCUCACGCCGCCAGCGCCGCUCCAGUGCAUGCAAAGACAGAUUUGGUGAGCCGCUAACAAAGUGCCUCUUAUCUGGUUUGGUGAUCUGAGAAGUUUGGGGUGAGUUACAGGGAGCACAGCAAAGGUGAGCUAUGAAAGAAUAAUGUGAUAUUGAGAACGUUUCCACACGACAGGAUGUACUAAGACGCUUAAGUACUGCGCUUCAUAGGCCGGGUGCUAAAAAGAAAAGACCCUUUGUGAUCCUUCUCUAGAAAGCGUUUAGGCUGCUGAGCAAUUCAUGACGUUUGGGACGCGUACAUGACAUACACAAGUGUCUGCUGUGCCUUCUGCUGUGCUCACCUUUUGCAUGAUUUUGCAUACUGACUUUGUGGACAAGAGUUCACUGUCCUCUUCACUGCGGCGGCUCUUCUGCCUUUCAAAUUUUAUUAAUACACUCGGCCACACGAGUCCGAGCCGCGACCUCUGACUCUGCGAGCACCAGGUACCUGCACUAUCUGAUACCGAGUGAACGUGAAGGUAUUGAUGUUUUUUCAGGCGAACUGUGGCGCUGCCUGCAAGAAGUGAGAAUGUAACGUAAACCAACCGCAGGAUUUAACCCUUAGAUACUGUACACAGUUUCACCGGGGGCAGAGGACGGAUGUUCACCUCUGUUUGUCAGCACUUAAGAAAGCUUCGUGUAACAGGCCGAGUCUCGAAGAAAGAGAUUUCUCAGUUCUGUCCCACCUGGUUGUAGCUCUGGUUAAUAUCCAGUAAUUAAGCUUGUGUGAGUCUGUUUGUUUUUCUUUUUUUACAAGCUUGAAACUCAUCUGUGAAAAACGAGAUGACUCAAACCUUUUCAGAUAAAAAACAGCUGUAGGUGUGAUCAGAGGCUGGGAAACGGACGGGCCUACGUUUCGCCUCUACAAGGGAGCUAACCGCAAGUCUGAGUGAUCAUCAAAGCUUCUACAACCAAAAACAGUUUUAAUGAAUAAGAGAAUAAAAAUCUGCUCUCAGAGUUUAAACUUUUCAUUAUAAUCAGGACUUAUCGAUGGUACGGUGAAUCUGAUAAAGCUUCAUGCACCAAGCAGCAGAUCUGAACUAGUUUAAGACGACACCAGUUGAAAUACUCUACAACUAAAAACAAGAUUCUGUUUUGGAGUAAGUCCAGGCGUGUUGGAUUAAGAGGCCUCUCUUUGGUUGACAACAGCAUCUUAGUUUCGCCUAAUAAGUAUGAAAUCACGGGCACAUGAAAAUGGCGAGGGAAAGGUCUCAGAGUCUGGUGAUGGACCCGUGAUUUUGGCAAAGCACCGACAUCGGCACUGAUGUGAGGAGGUGUUGUUUUCAUGUGGAGAUGUGUGUGUUUAGUCAGAUUUAAUGUUGCUCAUAUUUCUCUUGAUGUAGAGCUGAGAUACUGUUCAGAUAACUGCUGCUACCUGGAUGUAAACAACCACAGAUGAGUGGUGAGGUGUUGUAGCGCAGUUUAGUUAGGCGAGGUUUUGCUCCAGAAAAUGAAAAUGAAGGUAAGGUGAACCGUCAGCGUCCAAACAGAACAGGUAUGUGGAUGUUAAAGGCAGGUGGUGUUAGCUCUGCCAGUGGUAGCCAAACCUAGGGCUGGGCGAUAUGUCCUCAAAUCAAUAUCAUGAUAUAUUGAUAAAUAGAAGAUAACUUCUCCACAAGCUGCUCACCCCCUCCCACUUUAACUUCGUCUACUUCAGCUGCUCCAACUUUCUCUCCGUCCUCCAUCUCCUCACCUGUCUUUCCCUCUUUGUUACGGACUGGAUGGGGUGGAGUCACGUCUCUGAUGUAGGACAGCGUCUUAAAGGGACAUGAGACCAUAGCCUACCUACACACAUCCAAAAACAACUUUGAUUUAUUUAUUUAUUUGACAUCAAAUAUACCGAUUUGGGCAAAAUGACGUUGGUUAUUGUCGUAAAUUUCAGUAUCGGUAAAUUUUCUGUUUAUCGCCCAGCCCUAGCCAAACCAAUCUCACACCUGCAGACUUGUUGAUCUUCUUAAUAUCAGAAUAUCAUCCCCACUAUAAUAAUCUGUAAACGUGUGCCUCUUCAGACUCAUCACAAACCUUUUAAUUCAUGCAGAAAAUCAUCGUCUUACUUCCUGCUGAGUCAAUCUUGAACUCUGCUCAAGUUGUUCGGUGCCUGUCGGAGUUUUACAGCCUUCUGUAUGAAUGCACAAUGGUAUUUUUAUCUGUGUGCAGGUUUCUAUGGAGCUCUCAGUGUGCACUAUUAUGAAGUCUGUGUGGUAAAUGAUAUUGUAUAGAACAAACAGACUUAAAUAAGAUUGUGCAUCGUCUGUCACUGUAGUCAUGAUGCAUUAAUACAAACAGACCCAGUAACUAUGUUAUAAAAUGUCACGUCCUAAUCGAGGUGUACGAGCGCUGAGAGGCUGUGGAGGUGAAUUUCUCUUGAAACGGUCUGUUCAGUCCAGGUGAAUUUCUCACUUUCUCUCUCGUCUCUUUUUCAUCAGAAAUUUCUCUCAUCUUGCAUCACUGCUGCUUCACUUUCAGAUAACUUACCCUUCACUUUGACCUUCACCACAUGUUUCACUCACAGUUGUGACUGUCUGGUAGGAGCCAUGUGUGGGUUUCUGGAGCAGCUUGUUUAAACUCUGAAUUGUAGUCCUCCUGUCCUCAGAUUUGUCUAAUGUCAGGGUGAGUUUCUCUGGAGCGGAGGUCAGCUUCUGUUUGGGCUAAAUAUUUUGUCUCAGCUUGUGUUGAUUUCAGAGUUGUUUUGGGAAGAAGAUGCUGUUUACAACCCCCAGCUCUCUCCAGGGAGACAACAGUUUCGGUUGUUGUUGUUGUGUCUGUUGACCAAAUCUGCGAAAGGGUCCAUGCAUAAUGUAGAGAUUUGUGACAUGUGGCGUCUUCCACGAUGUUGGAAAGCCAAGUGGUUGUCUGAUUGGACAGCCGAGCUUGAAUGGCUUUGUGCUGUAAUGCCUUCUGUCUGUAGUGAGGCUGCAGUUUGCUCUUUUUCCUUGUUCUAGUUGGCGUUCCUCCCAGAAUGUGUUGAAAAGGAUGCGACCCUUGACCCUCUGUGCAAAACGAGUCCAAUCCUUCCCUCUCUCUCUCUCUCUCUCUCUCUCUCUCUGAGCUGAAGCUAAACCAUGACGAGGAGCCUGCGGUCUUUUUAACACUUAGUGUGUCAGAGGAGACGUUUCUGUGUUGGUCUGGAGAAGCUGAUGAAUUAUUUGUCAAACGCUCAUAUUUCCAUAACUCUGGGGUAUGUAAAACACGUAAAAGCACACAGGAUUGGAUCAUAGUUGAGCUCAAACAUCCUCUUCCUCCUCUGCUUUUAUUCGCUCCUCUUUGUCUGCCUCUUAAUGUUUUUCCUCGGCGUGAAAAGAAAGGUGCAUCUGAGGUCAUCUCUUUUGUCGUGGCUGUGCAGUGAGGCCUGCUACAUCAAAAGACGGCGAAGCUUUGAGAUCUUUACAAAUGUUGUUUUUUUUUCUCUCUCUCUCUGUGGCCUCCUGAGUCGCCUCCUCUCUCUCUCUCUCUGCACAUCGCCUACUGGUUAGCCUAUAUUUACUCAGCCCCAUGACAUGUUUUGUUGCCACAGCAACCUGCCACAACCCCCCUAGUGUGCUUUUUGUUGGCUGUCACCUGUGCUCUGUCCCAUAAUGCACUGCAGCGCUAUUAGAUUUGAGAGCAGCCCCGCAGAUCUCUGGCGUGUUAAGAGACGACGCUCCACCAAAUGUCAGGAGGAGCAUUUUUAACCCAGUUUGAACUGAACGCGUCUUGUUCUCAGAUGUUUAUUGAAGGGAUGCUGACCUGCAGUAACCUUUUCUUACGCUUGUAAAGUAGCACAUUCCUCCUACUGUAGGCCGCUGCAGAAAAACAGAGUGUGUGUUCUGGGAGAAGGGAACAAGCGUGUGAUUGAGGGAAAAGUGGAGAAAAGUAGAAAAUGUUGUUUUAAGCGCCGUAAAAAGCAGAAAAAGAAAUGUCUCCUCCGUACACGGGGUUUCCCGCUCCUUCUCGAAGGUUGCGCUUCCGCCAAAAACAUGAUUUCUCUUCUCCUGCGUGACAUUUAAACAAGCUCCAGAGUGUCCUUUUCUCACCUCCAGUCCCUGACAGCUUUUUAUUUAACUAUGAAGUUAUGAGUUUGAACCUUCAGCCCCUCCGCAGUAAAAACCCACGCUGACUAAGACGGAUCCAUUCCUCCUAAAGAGGCGAUGCUUUCUCACUUCAUUAUCUGGAAUCUGUUGCCAUAAAGUCAGACACGGGCGGUCGGCGCUUUCCAAUUAGGUGACCUUUGAGUGGUCACAUUGUUCGGAUCCCCACGAGGGAAAUAUUUUUAACAUCUAAAACUUCAUUCUUCAAAGAGUCGGACUGAAGGCUGUAAUGUAGCGAGCGCUGGCACCAAUAAUGGCUCCCGAUGUAACUGAUGCCUGUCACUUGGCCCGUCUCAGUUGGUCUUCCAUGACUGAAAGUUGGCAGAGGACCGAGAGCUGAUUUAACUUCUUUAAAGCUCCAAACAGAGCGGGCCUGUCAUCGUCCUCGCUGAUGUUUCUUCAGCCGCUUAUCGUGGAGUAAAUGGAGCUGAUACAAGCUGACAGAACCGCUCAGCGUCAAACUUCAACUUUGGGUUAUAAUCUCAUUUCACUCAGGGAUGAUGAACUAUAGGAGUGUGAAAUAAGGAGAUGCUCAUGUUUCCUCGUUUUUUUUAACAAAAGCAACAGGUGAAAUUCAGCUGGAGUCACCAGAACCAGCUGUUUUUACCUCCAGGAUGAGUUUUAAAAACCGCUUUACCUGUCGACUCGCGGCCUGACUCCGCUCAGUGUGUGUACGUGAUCAGCCGCACAGCCCACACAACAUCAGACGAAGCUGCGGAGGGGAAAACCCAUCAGAGGCGCAGUCUUCCUUUAGGUAGGAGGUUACAAACUAGAGCGAGCGUAAAGUGGGUGUCGUAUGUAGAUUUACAGGUAUCGUUUGUUCCCUUUGAUAACUCAGUACAAACUCAAAAACUCUGGAUUUAACCCAGACUGAAGUUUAUUAGCUACUGUCUCUUUAAAGUCUCCGUCUCUCUCCUCCUUAUAUAUCGACAGGAUAUCAGUGUCAGCCAAUAAAGGCUCAAAAGAUUGAUUAUUGGAUAAGCUGAUAUGAGCUGACACAUGUUGGUUAGAAGUGUUUUCAAGUGUUGGAAACAGACAGCAGACAUAUUACUGAGUCUCUAUAGUAAAAAAGAGAGAAUCAGAUAUAUCUGUAUUGGCCUGAGUGAGAAAUAUCAGCAUAUUGAUUAUCGACAGAGAUUAUUGGUACCAAUGAAACCGUCUUUCUAGGACAUUUGGAGUUUAUGAAUCAAUCAGGAGAGACGCAGAUGAAACUUUUAGAGGAUGGAGGAGAAUCCACUUUCUGUGUUUGUUCUGUGUUUCUUUACCUUCAGUCACUUUUAUAAAGGAUGUAAACACUAGGGUUCGGUAUCGUUUGGAUUUUACCGAUUCCAAGUCCGAAUCCGAUUCUCAAUAUCGACUCCUGUUCUAAACAAUCCUCGAUUCCGAUUCUUUGAGAUAGAAGUCAACAGGUCACAAACUAUUUGUUUGAAAAACGCCUUUAGCAUUUAUUUAUUCACAUUGCCAGUUGACAAGAACUGAUACAGUUUGAUGUAACUGUAAAACAAAACUUGCUGAAUAAACACGACAAGUUGGCAUUAGUCAAAAAACAAAGAUCUGCAGCACAGAUGGAUGGAUAUAAAAAAAAAUAAAACAAACUCAAUACCCGGAGCAGUCGUGACGAUUUGAAAACAGCAGUCUAUGACCGUCUAACGUUAGCAUCACUUUGCGAGCGUUCAACAACUAUAAACAGAUAAACACAGUUUUAGGAAUUGGUCUAUAACUUGAGCAGGUUUGUUGAGAAUGAGACAAUUUUCACCAACCGGAUUCUGUUUGUAACGAGGAGCUUCUGGCUGAUGAUGAAGGUUGACUGUCCGAAGUGGAGGAAGCAACGGGAGCAGGAGAGCGAGUUAAACACAGCACACUCGCCAAGUGUUACACAGGCGCGCAAAAGUGUUUAGUCAUGUUUUGUCAUGCGUCCUCCUUUGGCAGAAAUUGUUCUUUUGCAGAUGUUGCUCUGAGCUUCUCCGAAGAUGAAGCCCGACUUUGGAGUAUUUUUUACAGUCCAUGUUCAGACGAGUGAUGUUCUUGGUAGCGCACGCACAGAGAACACCGAGCAGAGUAACACACACCCCGAUAACAAACUAGUGUGGAAACUCGGAACCGAAAAAAAGAAUCGCAAUUCAAAAAUCUGCUUAAUGGAUCCAGAAGUGGACGUACCCAACCCUAGUUAACACUGUCUCACCCACAUCGCCAACCAUAAAUCCAGAUUACUCGGCUUUUAAAGUUAAAAUCAGUUUAGGAUUUUGUAAAAGGAUCCAUAAAUUAAUGAAGUUUAGGAAAUGUUGAUGAUUAAAGGAGAGAGGUUUUAGUUUAGGAGGCUCUAAAAAACUUUUUGAACCUUGACUCAGACAGUAGAAAAAGCCGUAUUUUUAGUCUUUGUGAACUGAACUUUGAGCUAGUGUUGGUGUAAACUUGCACCACAACAAACUUGGUGGAAAUAAGAGGCUGAAAAAUGACCAUGGUGCUUUAGUGAAGACGACUUUAAGUGAAUAAGAGUGAGCUGAGAGUCACUGAGGUUAUAAAUAAAGUGACGAACCCUCCAAACAAGCGGCCCGUGGAGUUCCCUCCGGUUAAUCCGUUAACAGUCAUACAUGUUGUGUUAUACGCGGCCUUGUCCUGAAUCAGGCCACCGAUUGGCCGAGCUUAUUUAACUUAUUUUCUGCUUCCACUGGCGCCACGAGAAAAUGCAGUUUGUUAAGGAUCUGAUGCAGGGAGGCGUCUGAACUGUGAAUGUCUGUGUGCCAUCCUGCGUCAUACACAUUAUUCAUUCAUCAGCGCUGUUUAACAGUUUGGCCUCGGUGUUUACUGCUGUGGGUCCACAGAGCAGCACUGUGGCAUCUGUGUUUUGGACUUGGCGUCGUAUUUUGUUCUCACUGCUGGCCCUGACUUCUCAGGGCGCUCCGGGUCUAUUAAUACCAGCUCGCUCUAAAAAUACAAAGUACUGUGUGACCCACUGGGACUGAAUAUGAGCUCGGCCUCCCACUGUAGGCUCACACACACACACACACACACACGUAUAUCUGCGGCACUUGUGAAUUCAGAUUUUCUAAGAAUGUCCCCAUCACGUGGUGCGUCAGUAUUUUCCACAGUUAAGGGAAAAUGGCAUCAGUCAAACUCAUUUAAAUCAAUCAAACCUUCAGGCCUCACAGAGCACAGCGCUGUUUGUUUCCACCGAUGCUGAAGGAAUUUCAGGGAGGGUAUUUCUGCGAUCGCCCUUCUUUUGCACGUCGUCUCUGUCCUGUAAAGCGUAACGCAUACGGACCACGUGUUAUGGAUUUUGAAAACCCAUCGAAUUAUUCCUCCUAAUUUGUUUGCAGCAGCGAGUUGACGCAUCUGGACGAGCUCCAACUGUUAAAUUGAAUUUGUCUCCAGAAGUACUCGUGAAAAUGUCAAAAGAGGAAAAAGAAGAGGAGACGGUUUUCUGCUCAAACACAUUUGUGGAAAUAAUAACAGCUGAUUUCCAAACAUGAACCUACCUGAUAAAAGUCUGAAUAAUAUUUUUAUCUCAUAUUGUGAAUGAAACAAAACCAAGAGUGUGAACAUUUUAAUCUCCGUCUGGAUUAUGUAACUGCGCCAUAGUUCAUUGACUUGAUCAGAUGCACCAAAGCUGAUCUCUACCAGGGCUUUCCAGGGACACAGGCAGCGGACAUCUAGUGGAAAAAAAGAAGCCGGCGAGGCGGGUACGAAGCGUGCCAAAUAAUAAAGAUUUAAUGAGUUUUAGUAAAGGAGAAUUAGGCCACCUCUCGUAUGAACAGUCAUUCACAUUUUGAAUGAGGGCAGGAAGGAUUGAUCCAUCGCUUUGUUAUGAUCAGGAGGACGGGAACACUGUGGCACAAUUUAUGUCUGACUCAGUCCUUGGCACCGUCGUCUGUUUCGAUUCUUGUUCUGCUACCAGUCGUAAUUUUUUUUUUAAAGGGUGACACAGAUUAUUAGCCUCGGCCGAUUAUCGGUAUUUUGGCUAAUUAUCUGUAUCGACCUUUUACUUUGCCGAUGGCUGGUAUAGGUGGGAAUCGCUAGUGGCCCCACAAUACAGUGUUAUCAUGAUACCCGGGCCAUGAUACGAUAUUAUCACGAUACUCCAGCCAUGAUACGAUAUUAUCACGAUACUUGGGUCAUGUCAUGAUAUUAUUGCGAUUUUUAACAUUUUGCAAUACAGCGAGUAUUGCAGUACCAUAUAUUGUUAUACAGUUUUUCCAACUGUUUAGCUAAUUUAGCAUUUGGCUUUUCUUUAUGUUUUUAUUUUCAUGUAGCACAUCUUGCAAAAAAAAUCGAUACUUGGUAAAUGAGACAAUACGAUAUAUCACCAGAUGAAAUAUCGUGAUACUAUGCUGUAUCGUUUUUUUUCUUCCACCCUUAAUGGCUGGUAAGAUUAAUGUGAAAGUUUCUUCUUUGACCUUUGGGUUUGUUAUCUUGCACAACUUGUUUCACAUUUGCCCCUCCCACAGGACUGUCUGAUUGGCUAAAUAUCACAUGACCGUGUGAUGUAGCUUCAAUAAGUGUAGCUAGUUACUUGUACUCCUGUAUACGGCGUGGAACGCUUCAGUUUUGAUUAAACGUUUGCUGAAGACGUAAAAGUAAAGUAUCAUGUUUUAAUUUGUUUUGAUAGACAUUUUGAUUUUUCCUGUCAAAUAUAAAUUAUUGGUCUUAUUAGCUAAUUAACAAAAAUAGGGACUAGUAUCGGCCUUGAGGAGAUUAAUAUCAGAUGACUCUGAUUGUUUUCAUCAUGAAGCUGCUGCUUGAGUUGCUGACUCCCUGCACCUACAUCGCGCAGCCUGCAGGGGGCGAGGGGCCGAUACAGACUGUCAGGCAUCUUUCUUCUACUCGCAUUGAUCCGAAGCGGAAGCUAGUGUUUCUAAAACUAACAGGAAAAGCAGGUAACAACUUAAUUCACAUGUUUUUAUGAAGUUAACGACAGAGAAGGAACGAGCUGUAACCGACGGCACAUGGGAACUACAGUUUCCCCGUUACUCUGGCGCCCUAACAUCAAAGUUAUGAACUCAAACAUUUGCUGCUUUGUGCAUUAAACCAAUGAGGUGUUAUUUUAAUCAUGUUACAUAUGAAAAGCCUGAGAGGUGUGAUGGAGUAAUAAAGUUCUGUAAAGACCAGUCUGAGUCGAACCCACACCUCUUAGAAACAGAUUUACUCCGGCGCUGUGGUCCUACGAGUCUCCCCUUGUUGUAAAGUUGUGUGUCGCUCUCAGUUCUGGAUUCAGAGAUACAGUUUCAGCCCACAGAGCAAACAUUUUAUUCUCAAAGUAUCUCGACCUCUAACAGACGUGUUCGUCCACAUUCUCCGAUGAUUGUGCAGAAGUGUCUGAAUUACACGAAGGAUUGGAGGUUAUUUUCAAACCUGUUUCUGUUUGCAGAAAUAUCUCCUGGUUGAACCAGUUUCUUUAGGAUCAUUAUUAAAUAUUUCAUUUACACUUUCAUUUUCCCAAAUGAACACCUGGAGCGUCUCGGUGGAUUCACAGGUGGUUACUUCAUCUGCAGAGGUUACCCUCAGCCUGUUCGUCUUCACAGCGACAGCCUAUUACCUCUCAGAUUAGUCUCUAUCUCCUCCGUGCCGUCACUUUUACAUUUACCUUUUAAUAAAGCUCAGAUUGAGAUUGUGCUCAUUUGCAUAUUUGUUGAGUUAUGGGACUUUUCUCAGGCUCGGAGUCUUCGACCUUUAAUGAGAAAUAGUGAUCGCACAUUUAGUUUGAUUUUAAGAGAUAAACCAGCUCGAGUCGAGCAGCAGAUGCUUUAAAAUGACCCGCAGAGGUCUAUUUAUGAAUCACUGCCAACGGCUAAAUCUGUCAUAUACAAUAAAGCCUAUUUUUCACAGGAAGAGAGUGAACCAGUGUGUGAGUGUCCGCCCAACACUGAACUGGUCUCACUCUUUGGAAGUAUGUUUGUUUUUAUCCAUCUGCUGUUAUCGACUGAGCAGCGAAGGUUUAACGGUAAAAAUCCACGAAGGUUUCUUUCUAAUUCUGUAAAGUUUUGAAUCUUCUUCUCAUGUUUUCUUCCUCCUCUACCUCGUCAGAAACUUGUUUGUCCACGUCGGUGUGGGUACACACCAGGUCUGUGUCAUCAGUCGGAGGAGCCUGUGACCUUUCCACGACAAGCUAAUCUAGGAUCUUUACUUCAAACCAGAAACUGUGUCAACAUGAGCUCCGUCUUAAUCAGGUUUCCUCCGUCGUCCGAUCAUCUGUUAUUUCUCUCAGUACUUGUUAUUAGCAGGAGGCUCUUUUUCUAUCUGAACUUUUAUUUAAAUCUUCUUUUAAAAGUGUUGUAAAGAAGUCAGAUUUGCAUAUUAGACCUCCACAGACCGCUGUGACUCAACCAUCGUCCAUCACCUGGUCCACAUCUUAGGACCGAGGAGAGACCGGUUUGUGGCGCUCUGUCACUCUGAAAUGUUGACAUGUCAGCUGCUCAACGGUUGUGUGGAUGUGCUCUGGCGUUGUCUGGCUCUAUUAUGUAAGGUCUUCGCUGUAAAAGGCGUUUCCUUGAAGGCAGCAGAUGUUGCUCCUAAACCAAUAGGUGAGCCUGACUGUGGUCAGAAGGUGGUUUUUUGAAGGGCGCCAUGAUUUUGGCUAUAAGUAAAAUCCUGAUUUUUUUUCUCUGAAAACUCGAUUUUUGAUUUUUUUUUAUUCAGUGACAACUUCACCAAACUUCACUUUAGUAAAAAGUUUUUCAUCAUGUCUCUAAAUGAAACCACUGAAAACGAUGUAGCACCGGUAAGUGGCGCUGUAACGCUGCCCAGGAAAUGCACAAAGGACAGAAGAAGAGUACAGAGCAUGUGUAUAAAGGUUGUUUUGGCGCCAUGAAAGAGUUACGCUGUGUGUCACAUGAUCGUUUCCAGAGAUGCAGAUAGACAAAAGUACCGUUUACAGUCACCUGAAACGCCGAUACGACAAAAAACUUUAGCGUUUCCUCCUGAAUUAGUUUCCGUGGUGACGGGUUGAUACCGCCUUCAGACAGACUUUACAGCGGGGAGUGGUUUGCUCUUCAUCUGAAACUGUGAAGUCGUACCAAUUCAACACGACUGACUCACUCUUGUCCGAUUUAACCACGAAAUUAUCGCCUUCUUUUACAAACGCCAUGUUUGUUUACACUGGGGUGUGUGGGAACUGAGGAGCCUACGGUGGCCUGGAGGCGCGAGACAUGACAGAGAGGAAAAUCGAUUUGAGGAUUUUAAUCUUUUUAACAUCAUCAUAAUCAAAUAAUCUGAUAACAAUUUAAAAUCGAUUAAUCGUGCAGCCCUACAUCAGAUCAUCAUUAUCAUGUACUGUAGACGAUGAAAUCCCCCAAGUCUUUUGUUGUUGUUGAGUCGUUUUCUCACAGAGAGGUUAAAAUCUUCUCCUCUCCUUAUUAGACCCAGUUCUGCUCCGAUAACCUAAACCUGAAACCUCUCGACGAGGUGAGGGGGAGGGAAACGCAGACCACCUCCCUUGGGCGACGUUGACUUUACAGCCAUGAUUUUAUUGCAGAUUAAUCACAUGGCAUUGAUUUAAUUCCAUCAUUCAAAUGUCACCAUAAUUAAGCACUAAUCAUCUCUAAAGCUGGCCCGUUAAAUGUCUUGUUACGAGUGGGUGUUGGGGUCGGGAUGUAAUGAAUGCAGAUGACUCCAAUUAGGCGCACUGUUGGUGCUCGAGGUGUGUCGGAUUAGUCCACACCUUUUCUUUUUUUUUAAACAAAAAUAAAAGCUGCUGAAGAGGAUGAACAUGUAAGUCAGAUUCAAACAGUUUAAAUUAUUAUUAAAAUUAAACAGUUUAUAAUCUAUUUUUUUUCUUAUUACCAGCAGAUGGAGAUAAUUUAGUUAUUUUGACUCUGACCAAAUAAAAGAGCAAACAGACAAAUAAAACAGACAAAUACACAGAAUACAAGUACUUCAUUCACUCUACUUUGACAUAUGUUGUAUUAUGAAUUCAUUUAGACUUUAUUUAGAAAUAACUGUGAUAAUAAAUUUAAUUUCUACAGCGCCUGACCUACUAAAUCUUACUUUAACCUACGUACUGCACCUUUAAGUCACCAGAUCAGCACAUCAGAAUAGGUCUGAAGAAAUCUGAAGUCCUAAAGUGUCCGAGUUAAAUCAUCAACAAUCACAUGUUGCCCCAAAAUGUGAGAAUCUUCUACUUCCUCAAACCAAAACACUUCUUUUUCUAUUUUUAUUAAUAUCUGUUCAAACUGUCAUAUCCACUUAUAUGUCGACGACGCUGUUAUUUACAAUUAAAACUCCGAUUUAUCUCCAAUCCAGAACUCUUUACAGUUUCAUUUUGAUUUGGUUCAGUAAGAACAAACUUGAACAUAAAGAAGUCCUGCAGUCUGAUUUUUAGGACACGUCACCUCUGAUCUCAAAAAGUCAUCUGGUUGUCUUUCAUCACUGUAUCGUUUGAUUAAUCGUUUUACUUUAAAUGUCAUAAAAAGAUGAAUAUCACAGCUGAUAUCACCACUUGUUGAUUCUGCUGAUAUAGUUCACGAUAACACUUCUGACUCUCAUCUCAAACCUCUGACUGUAAUAUUUUACUCUUUAUGUAGAUUUGUUUCGAGAACUCAUAACUGCUUUAUGUUUGACUCACUGAACUGGUUACAAACCAAAUCAAGACGGUAAUUUCAUCGGCGUCAUUUCCUUUUUAAACGUGUUUAUCUCCAUUGACCUUCAUAUUUAAAAGAACUCUUGAUCCCUUAUGACUCCUGAUACUCUCUUAGACAUAAGAACUUCCCUUUUUUCUUUGUUUCUAGAAUCUUUAAAGAAGUUGGUAAAAGAUCGUUUCAGUAUAAAGCCCCAUCAGAUUGGAAUAAUUUACCUCUUUCUUUGCGUUCAUUUACUUCUUUUUAUCACUUUAGAACGGCACAAAACUCUCAUCUCUUUUUUGCAUUUAUGCUCCAUUUAUUUAUCCUUGUUAAUAAGAUUAUUUAUGAAGAGUACAUUUGGUUGGGGUUGUGUGUUGGAGUAGGGUGAGUAAGAGGUCUGUAUUUGUUAUAUGUUCUGUAUGUUAAUGUGUUAAAAUGUGUCCUGAGUUCUAGGGACCCUCUUGAAAAUGAGAUGCUACAUCUCAAGGGUCUAUCCUUCAAUAAAUUCAAAUUCAAAUUAAAACUUCUUUAUUAUUCUGCUCAAACAUUCCUUUAGUUUUAACAUAUUUCUUUCUUAUUAUUGUAGGAAGUUUUUAUUUAUUUAAAUAAACACGGCUAAUUGACUUUUUCAGGAACUUGAAAAUCUCUCUAAACUCUCUUCAGAAAGUCCAGUAGUCUAAAAAAGAGGCGUCGUCCUGGUCGUCAGCUGUCCUGAAGUCACUGUAAUGUUCCUUGUGGCUGAUGACAUAAAUACAGACUUCCCACACAGGGAAAGGAGUGGGGAUAAUGGUAGAGUGGGGCUAACUUCAGGUUUAGAAGAGACUCAAAACAACGUCCCUGUUUCAGUCCAAAGUGGACUUCCUCAGUCUGUCCCGCUGAUCAGAUCACUCUGAGGGUCCCGGUAUUCACUGUAGAUAGUCCUAUCUUCACCUGGCUGUCCAGUGGAAGGUCAGAGACCCACCGUAUGAUUAGUGUCCCUCCAGUUUGUGUUGCACAAAUGGAGUGAGUCACACUUUGUCAACAAAGCGACGUCUGAGCGUCCCUGUUUGAGUUAAUGAGUGAUGAAGUCCUGGGCUGAAGAACAAGGCUCCUCUCUGUGCCGACUGCAGCCGCUCUGAGUUAAUGACUAAUUACAGCAUUGUGUUUACCAUUACCUGUCAAGGUGAGCGAGCGCUGCUGCAGAUGGUUCUGCUGGAGCGGGACAGCUGACCUGACCUGAGCGACUCGAGCGUUCGGGUUGUGUCAUCAUCGGCCAAAAAUGGAAACCAGUGGAAAUGUUGACAUGAGGUCUGCGUUAGCUCUGCUGUAGGGCUGGGCGACAUGGGAUAAAGUUUAUCACGAUAUAAAUUAUUUUUAUGUCAGUCGAUAUCGAUAUGUAUCAAGAUAUAACAAAAUCACUUGUCAAUCUUAAAUGUUCCCUGAACCAAAACAUGGCAGAAUGUCGACUAUCGAGAAGGAUAUUGACCAUGUUUCAUAUCGAUAUCGAGAAAAAUUAAUUUUUGAUAUAUAUCAUUAUCGUUUUAUCGCCCAGCCCUACUCUGCCGUGUCUGUUCUGACCAGCUAUUGUUCACCUGCGACAGGUGUGGAGGGUCCUGUUGAGACCUGCAGAUACAGGAGCGCUCUCUGAUGCUCCGUGCACGAGGAGAAAACUCGUGCACAGUCUGAGAAACUCACCCCAGCUGUGAAGGUUCAGAUCAGAAGCUCGGGGUUAUGGACACAGACAGGUGGGGGUGAAUGAAGCCUCAUGUACGAGGAAGUAUCCUCCAACCUUAACGGUGACCUAGAAUCAGUUCGAGUCUGUUUUUAUUCCCCGAGUGAAUCUAGAGGUGGAUAUAAGACCCGGACCUGGUCAUCUCCUCUUAAAAACGGACUGAAAACAAAGUCCUGAGGUCUGUGUUGAGUCUGAACUCUGAUCUCUAAUAAGUUGGUAUUGAGUUUUUGCCAGUUUGUACCUAAAAUGGAAGAGAGAGAGAGAGAGAGAGAGAGAGAGGGAGGGAGACAGCAGGUAUUGCUUCAGAGCUGUUGUGGAAUGUGUUGAGGAGUUUUUGUGGUUUGCAGAGUGUUUGGUAAGGGGAGGGACCUGAAACGCUGCUGUGCCACUUCUGGGUUGCAGGUCCCUCCCCCCCGACAUGAACCCAGCCUUUGCUCUGUCUCUCUUAAAGGAACAGCGUCACUCCGGCCUCGGUCUCUCUGAUCUUCUUUCUCUCUCUGUGUUUCUGUUUUCUUGUCUUUGCUCAUGAGGUUGAUGUUGACCCACAGGCUGAGGACGCACACACACACACACACACACACUGACUGAUAACACUGACUGUAAAGAUCGCUAUCUGUCUCCACUGAUGAUAUUACUCUGUCGGUUUCCCCCUCAGGUCCCAUGUGUGGUCAGUGAAGUGUCCUAAAGAGCAGCAUGGCAGUGUGUCAGUUGAGCGUCUGGGUGAGAUGAGGUGAGUCAACAGAGCGGGUCGUUUGUUUUAAAGCCUGUAACGAGAACCAGAGCGUGGAGCUUCUGAUCCACAAGGAGAAACGAAACUCUGAGAAAACUCAUGAGUCCAAAAAUACGUUUGAUUUUGUUUCAUUUUAAAAAGCUUCUUGUCUCUGAAAGACUAAGAGUAACAUGGCAGGAGUAGACCAGUUAUCAGGGCAGACUUUUGACUUUUGACCUGUUAUCUGUAUCGGCCUUUUAUUUGAUUAAAAAUCAGCGUCUCUUCUGGUCUGUCUUUCCCUCUGGGUUCGAUUUAUUGCACCACUCUGUCUCAGCUGAUGUCCCGCCCACAACUCGAUCUUGACUUUAAUGUCAAGAUUUUAAUUUUUUUGAAUGUCGAAAAUUCCGACAUUAUUCACGACAGUUUGACAUUUUUUAAUCUCGAAAUUUUGACUUUUAUCUCCAAAUUUCAAUUUAUUAUGUUGAAAUUACGACUUGACAUAAUUCAAUUUUUUUAAUCCUGUAAUUUCAACCUUAAUCUCCUUCCUGUAAUUAUUUGUUUUCCUUCAUGAGGCUCUAAUCCUCUUUUCGUUGUUUCUCGUCAAACGGACCUGCUGUAGCGUGUUGUAGCGCCAUCGCUAAACUGUCCUCCCUCGGGUCCUGGACUAUGUCACUUUAUCCUCGUUGUAGAAGUCCUGCAAACAUUGUGUUUGCUGGUAGUCUGUUGGCAUCUACAGUAGCACCAAUGCUGUUUACUUUCACCUUGACUGGGCCCCAUUUGUAAUGAUCUGAAGUAUUUAUCUGCAUUAUAUCUGAAUUUAACUGGAACGAUACGAGCGAGCAGGAGCGUCUGUUUGUGGGCGGGGCUUACUGGAGCAGAGGGGGAGGGGAGAGGAGGAGCUGAGGGAUUUCUCCUAAAAACUGGAACUUCCUCAGAUCCUAUCUACACCACCUUUAAGUUUAUCGACAAAUGUUCGUCAUCGACCCUCUACUGUGGUCGGCGUACUGGAAAUGCUGACUCAGCCUUACUUUGAUCAGCCAAUCAGAGGCGGGCCUUUCGCCCUCUUUACAAACAGCCAAAAUCUAACCACCUGUCAGUCAAGUCAGCUGGGCUUCUGAUUGGCCGAUCUUUUGAUAACUUUAAAGUAAAAGGCGUACAUAAAGAAUUUACAGAGCCCUGAUCGAUUCAGACCAAAACCAGGAUCUAAACAGGUUUUUGUGGACCUGGUUUUUGGUACUUCUGCAGCCCACCUCAAGUGGACUCUCAGGGAAACUAAAAACUGCAUUUUUGUCUGAAGUCUAAAACUAAAUCUGAAAAAGUCGCCAAAUUUAGGACCAGGUUUUUAAGAUUUCAUAUUUAAAAUUCAAAAAUUUGACAUUAAGGUUUUUAAUAUUUACUGAUUUGGAUUAUUAGUCUUCUGAACUGAUUACUGGUUGUCUGACUGACUGUCCUGGUUUUGUUUUUGUCCUCCAGUGUCACCAGUAAGAAAUGUGACCCUCACUGACAACGAAAACCACAACAAAUCCUCCAAACCAGACCUCCAGCCAAUCAAAUGCACACGGACAAUAAACUGGCCAAUCAUGGCAAACAGGUCAGCGGUGACAGCCGAUCGCAGAUCCCCGGUGUGAACCAGCAGGCUCAGCAGCAGCAGCAGCAGCAGCAGCAGCAGGGAGCAGCCGGCCACCUGGGUCCAAAAGGCGCCGGCGCCGGGAGCCAUGGAGUCAAAACCAACCAGAUCUCCCCUGGCAACCCUGGGCUGAAGGCCGUCAACCAAUCAGUGAGCAGCGUCGGAGGGAUGCUGAAAACCAAAUCCAAGCGGGAACGGAGCGUCUCCAUCGACUCGGGCGAUUCACGAAAUGCCGUUCCUCCAGCUGUGGAGACGGACGCCAAAGGAGGUGAGGCGUGCGUGCGCAGAGAGGAAGCUGUGUGUGUGAGUGUGUGUCUGCAGCGUCCACAGGAGUGUGUGUUUCUGUUCUAAGUAUGCAGAAGUUCACUUCCUUUGCUUCGUAUCAGCCCCAUCUGAACUCGAAAUACCAGAUUCUGUGUAUUCACCUCCUCCUCCACAGCAGGAAGUCGAUGUAAGGACCGAGAGGACAGAGGAACUUGUUUUCUCUCUUUCUGAAAUGCCCUGACCUUUCGGCGGAGCGGCAGAAUUUCCCCCAGCUUUUUGAUGGUGUGCUUCGCCCGCACUGCAGUGACGUGUCUCUGAGAAAAAAGAAGCAUCUUUUCCUUUUUGUGGAGCUCAGAGAGAGAAAGAGAGAAAGAGCGAGACAGGUCAUGAGGUUGCAAAAACUAAGCGGUUGUUAUUAAAGCAGGAGACAGCGUGUGGGUGAGGAGGCUCUGUGCGUGUGUGUUGUGAUGAUGUGGUUAAGCACAAAGUGUUUGAUUUGCAUCUGUUUGCUGUCGCUUAUUUUAGAGUUCACGUGAUCGCACGAGUGUCGUUGACUGUACAUGACAUUAAUAUGAUUUAGUCAAACUUAUCCGGGGCCUCCUGUACGACUUUAAUUCACGCUCACACACACAGAGGGAGAGGUGUAGUUCAAACACAAAGAAGAAGAACAGAAGCUGAAAGAGGAAGAGGAUGAAAGGCGGGCGGGCGGGUUUGAAGGGAAAUCUUCUCUCUCGGUUUAACCUCUCUCUUCCAAACCUCCUUAUUUUGAAACAUUGGUGCCACCAAACCUGCAGAGAAACACUGACAAACAGGUCACAGACACAGCUACAUCACAGACGCUCUGGUCAAUGUGGAGGAAUUCAGAGUCUGUAGGAAACAAAUGCAUUCACCGUUGAUAAGAGAUCAGCUCUUUCAUACUGCCGCUCAGUGUCAAGGUAGCAGACCUCCCUCUGCUGUCUUCUUUCUUCUUCUCCAACUUAUCUCUGCAAACUUUUCUCUUUCUGAUGCUGCAUCCAUCCUCGUUUAUGUCUGCGGUUACCCAACACCGUUCUGAUGUGCCUCAGAGUCACCAACAUGUUACUUGUCAACAAAUACUCAAUAAUCAGGGAUGUCUACCGUCUGUUUUCUCUGCUAUCACCCGUUCAUUCUGCAGAUUUCUUGCAGCUGUUUGCACCCACUGGUGGACAAGGAGUGUGUGCACCAACAGUCACAAUAAUUAUGCAAUGUGAGACAGUUGAGCACAGGUUUCUGGAAAUCCUGCAGCCACAGAUGUGUUUAUGAGACAUUAUCAUACACACCAGCAUAAAUAGAAAACUGCUGCACAAAUGAGUAAUUGAUACAGAGUUCCUACGCAAGUAAGGAAAUAAAUUUGAUCAAUUUUCAGGUUUUAAAAUGAAUGGAAAAUAAAAAAUAAAGUAUGGAAAAAUAUUUAUGUUUUCAGACUAUUACCACAGUUCUCAAAUACUGUUUUCUGAAAUAGCAAAUUAGGUAUGUCCAAAAAUAAUUCUAAAAAUAAGGGUUUGGAAAACUGUGUAGGAACCCUGUAAUACACUGUAAAUGUUAAUAAAAGCAGAGUUUGAAUGUUUGCAGGUAAAUUAAAUAUUUACCAGAAAACGCAGGAAAGACAACACAUCAGAUGUUGAAACUGAAAAUUCAAUUAUAAAAUGAUAAAAUAGAUGCAAGAAAAAAUGGGAUGGAGACAACAAAACACAGAAAAAGUUAUGCAAUCUUUAAAAACCACCUGGAGGAACAUCUCUGUACUCAGGGGGUUGAUUAGUAACAUGACUGGGUAUAAAAAGAAACUGGAUAAUCAGUUAAAAACAGACUUGUCUCUGUUGUGGAAAUCACUGCAUGAGCCCAAAGUUACCUCUAGAGUUACAGUUUGUAGCUGAAUUCACAAAUGAAGGUUAAACAUGAUCUGGAGAAAGUUGAAGUAACAACCUGAUUUAUCACAUUUUGAAACCAAAGAAGCGAGAUCAAACAGUUUAUUUUAAAAAACAGUAAAAAAUGAUAUUAUUCAGAAAUAUAACCUGGUAUUAAAUGAAUAAAAACACUGUAAAAGGUGUGUACACAUACACAGUGUUCAGCGUAAAUGAGUUCACCCCUUCAGAGUUGUCAGAAAACCUUUAGUUUCAUUUCAAAAUCAACAUUUUCCGUGUCAGACUUUACAACAAAAUACUCCCCCAAAUGUAGAACGCUGAUCGAAAACAAGAUUUUUAAAGUUACAUACAAAAAAGUAUUUUUUUGUUUGUUUUAAAAUCCGGAUGUAAAAAUGAGUACAACCCAAUCAAAGUUCUGGGAGCAAAGCUGAAUUUUAGUUACCAUAUCUCUGUUAUUUUCAUCUGAUGGUAAAUAAAAUGUUAAACUCAGCUUCGUCAAAACUUUGGAAAUUGUACUUUUGCUCAUCUAGAUAUUAAGUAAUACAUCACUUUUAAUAGGGGGUGUACUGACUUAUGCUGGGGACUGUAUGUACAGACGUGUCUGUGCGUGUACAUGAGAUAUGUGUGAAAUUGUGUGUCUGUUUGUAUGGGUUUAUAUACAGAUACAGCUGUUUAUGUAUUUCUGCUUAUUUUAUGCCACUUUUGUUGUAGACGUUGUUUUUCUUCUACUUCUAUUUCUUCUUUGCUUGGAUUCAUAUUAUCUGAUUUGUGAAUUAAUUUCUUGUACUAAGGGGUAGAAAAUAUAUGUUUGCUUCUUUCUGCCCCCUUUCAUUCAAGAGUUACAGUAUUUAUUUUUUUUUAUGAGUUUUAUUUUUGUUUUUAUGAUCGAUAACGGAAUGAAAUAAAUAAACAAACUGAACUAAACUAAUCUUGGAAACCAUGGACGCAGCAUCCUCUGCUCUAAAGAGGAGAGGGAUCACACAGCUUGGUAUCAGUGCACAAGUCAAAGCCAGUAUUAAAUUAAAUAUCGAAUUUAUUAAAUUUCAGCUUUAAAAUAACCGUCAAAUUCAAUUCAUGACAGUUUACCAGUGUCUCAGUGUUUUUGGAGUCGUCUUAUUGAGAGUGAAAGUGAUGUGUUGCAAAUCCUAAAACUCCAAUCUGGGAAACUAUAACUUCCAGCAAGUCUAACAGGCUGCAGAGAAGACGCUGGACUUCUGUUUUGAUGGGUUUGAACAACAGGACUGUAGAAUUUUAAAAGCUAAUUUACUCCUCUGUUUUUUGACGGUUGUUUUGUGUGUGUGUUUGUUGUUUUGCAGAGGGCGUCAUGCGCAGUAAGCGGCGCUGCGUCCUGGAGAAAAAACAGCCGUACAGUGGAGACGAAUGGUGCUCUGGACCCGACACAGAGGAGGAUGAAGACAAGCCGCACGCCGCCGCCCCUCGUGAGUCUCAGUGAUGUUUCCAUGUUGAAGUCCUCGCUCACAACCGUCUCAUUCUGUCCAAAACUGUGAAGGCCGCUUGAAUUUCAUGUUCAAAUCCCCUGCCGUGCCUCAGUGGGCUUUCUCUGAAACAAAAACAGGUUAAAGCCAUGAAUUAUCCAUGGAUGUUUUGAGAUCUUUCUCACACACUGAAAAAAUUCAGGGCUUGAAUACUUUCCCAUCACAGUUUUGACUUUAUGUGUUUUAGCUCCAUCUAGUGGUGAGAUGUUGGAGCCAAACAGGAGCGCUGCUCUGCAAUCAGGAAAUCAUUAAACCUGCAUGUUUCUGAUGUUUUUCAGGAGAGUGUGGACUGCCAGGUCCGAUCCGGGGGCUUUCUGACCGCCUGCCUUCAGGGCCGAUGUCUGAACCUGGGGGCGCUGUACGGGGGUGUAGUGUGGGUCCGGUUUUAAAAGCAGAGCAGCCUCAGCCUUCACAGCAAGUGGUGUAUGUUUUCACAACCAGCCUAGCCAACAGGUACGGGAACUGUUCGCAGACCUGACACCUUCUUCUUCUCUUUCUUUAACGACCGAAUCUGACUUUACAAUGAUGUCCUCAUCUUCUCUGUGUGUUUGACAGCGCUGCAGAGGCCGUCAUAAAAGGACAGACCGACUCCAUCCUCCUGUUUCACCAGCAAAAUGUUCCACACACCAAGUUGGAGCAGGUCAGACAUCCGCAGCUUCACAGCAAAAUAAUAAUGAAUAUCAAAAAUGUGUUGAAGGGAUAUUCCGGCGUAAAAUUAAUUAAGGGUCAAACACACCGUAACAUCGAGUUAGACCCCCCCUCCAGAGAUGAAUUUUGGUGACCGCUUGUUUCUCUGGUUAUACCAACUUUAGUAACGACCCGCAAUAGCAAUACACAGAGCCAUGCGCUCAACCAAAACGCCACUCUAUAGCCACAAAUAAUGCUCAGAACAGCACCUAACUUCAUCAACAGGACAUAUAGGGUCACAGCCAUAGUACUAGACACCAAACAUCUUUUUAACUUUGACUCAUUUCUUUAGCAAAGAGACUAAACACAACUCACCUACUCUCUUCCAGCAGACGCUUGUUUGUAGAGAGACCUCAGGCCAGUCCAUUACAGACUACUGCGGAGUUUCACAGCUCAAGGAAGAACAUUUAUGAUCAUUUCUUCAUGGAAAUACAAUCAGACCGAGACGCUAAGACAGAAGAACUACAGCGUCUGCAGUGCAAAAGGAUCAAUAUGGUGAUUAUUACUUAAAAGACAUGAUAAAGAAAUGAUCAUAAAUGUUCUUCCUUGAGCUGCGUCACCCCACUGUCGUCCAUAAUGGACUGGCCUGAGGUCUCGCGACAAACAAGUGGCUGCUGGAGGAGAGUGGGUGAGUUGUGUUUAGUCUCUUUGCUAAAGAAAUGAGUCAAAGUUAAAAAGAUGUUUGGUGUCUAGUAGGCCUGGACGAUAUAGAAAAAAAGCAUAUCGAUAAAAAAUAAAUCAUAUUGAUCGAUAUCGAUAAUUAUCGAUAUAAUUAUUAUAAUUAUUUAACAUAUAUUUUAAUUGCAGCCCUGGAUGUUUUAUGCUAUUGCUUAAUGACCUACUUUUAAUAAAGAACACACAAGCACUGAAUUCAAAUUCAAACCUUUAUUCAACCACCUUUUUUAUUUUACCACAACUGAAAGUUUUUUAAAAAAGAACCAAAAAAAAAAGAAAUCAACUUAAGAGGCCUGAGUGACGUCAGUAAAUACUGACAAACAUAAAGACUAAAGUGACCAGAAAAUCUGAUAAAUAAAUAUUUAAAUAGUCUUUUGAUGAAAAUAAACAAAACAAACAAAUAUAUAAAUAAACAGAAUAGCUUUAGGUGGGAAUAGCAUACUACCAGUUUUAACUGUGUGAGAAACUGCCCACAGCCUGGUGUCUGAACACUGAAAUAUUUCUCCCGGGGUCGGGAGAUUUAUUUUUUUUUUAUUAUCAUGUGAUUGACUUAAUACACAAACUAAGCACGAGAAGCAGGACUUAUUCAUGCCGGUGUUGUGUCGUAGAAUGCACCCCUGCCGAAUGCACCCCCUGCUAGUAGCCAUGAUCCAAAUACUCGCGUCUUUGUAAAAUAUGAGCUCAUUUGAACGUAUUUCCUCCGCACCCUUCUCACCUUUUCAACCCCUGACCCAUUUUCAUGCCUGAAGCGCUGCGUUUGAGAAAUACUUGCGGCCGGGCACUUCAUAUCGCGGGUCGAGAGUGGCUAGAAGCUGGUCGAAGCCAGGCUUUUCAGCGGUAGUUAUUGGCAGUAUGUCCCUCGCUAUGGAGCAUGUUACUGCAUGGGUGAUGUCCUUAUGCCGCUUGGACGCUUUGUCUUAUUUUUGGCAAGAAACGAAGUCCAGUUUGGUCGGCUUCACAUGCUUUGUGCUGGUGCUGGCAGCGGUUCCAGAGGAUUCCUCCGACGAUAACGUGGAGCCGCGGCGCGGCCGACACAGCUCGUACUCCUGCGGGUGCGAUCGGUUUAUAUGGUAAAACAAGUUGGUUGUGUUACCAGACUUGGUUUUUACUAAUUCUCUGCAAAUUUUGCAAACGACCGCUGUUCGCUUUUUGUCAGACUUCUAAAAACCUAAACAUUGCCAUGCUGGUGAACUGCUGAAACCUUUUUUCGGGACAAUGUCCUCCGCUUCUCCUUGCUGUAUCAUUUUUUCUAAUACACGUGCUGUCUGUUGUGGUUUGAGAGGGGCUGGGCUUGGUGCCGUAGCGUACCUGGGUCUGCGUUUGUGAUUGGUUGGGAGGAAGUAAUGACUGUAGUAAAAGCUACAUGAUAGGCUAUGAUGAAAAAGAAAGGGAAACUGUGUUUUUCUAUCGAACUUUUUAUCGACCCGUUUUUUUUCUAUCGCACCACACGUCUAUCGAUCGAUAUAUAUUGUUAUCGAAUUAUCGUCCAGCACUAGUGUCUAGUACUAUGUCUGUGACCCUAUAUGUCCUGUUGAUGAAGUUAGGUGCUGUUCUGAGCAUUAUUUGUGGCUAUAGAGUGGCGUUUUGGUUGAGGUUUGUUUAUGGCUCCUCAGAUCGCUGUGUAUUGCUAUUGUGUGGUCGUUACUAAAGUUGGUAUAACUAGAGAAGUGAGCGGUCGACAACAUUCAUCUCUGGAGGGAGCGUCUAACUCGGUUUUACGGUGUGUUUGACCUUAAUUUUACACCAGAAUAUCCCUUUAAAGCAGGAGAGUGUUGACGCUGUUUCACAGUGAAGACCACAAGUAAAAAAUCUGAUGGUUAAUUUUGGUGACCGAUACCCACUUGUUCCCUUUUUUAAAACACAGCAGCUGAGAAAAGUGAACUUGCUCAUCUGUUGUCUUUGUAGCACAUCUGUUACAGUGUAAAUAUGCUCACAAUGGUCAUUAUGAUACAAAAUCCCAGAAUCAAAUAAUCUAACUUUAGUCGUGUUUAAAAAAAAAAAAAACUAACGCUGUCUCUUACUCUCACUUUCUCUGCCGCAGAGCCACUCAUCAGGGAAGCUUCCUAACCUACCUGAGAAGGUGAACUCAAGCAGCUCUCCCCCCUCUGGCACCCCGAAAUCUCAAAGUGGAACUCCACGGCCAGCCUCUGCAGGUGUCGGAGGCCCUUUGCAUCCCGCAGGGACGCCGUCAUCAGCAGGACACUCUGAUAACGAAUCCUCUCAGACCAGACCUUGUCGAGCUUCCAGCAAUAACAACAUUUCUGCCCAUAGAUCAGAGACAGGGAGUGCAACUACAACUGUGGACCCCAUGUCAGGAGGACCUGGGGAUGGGGAAGGUGUAGGAGGUACGAACCUUCCAGUUGCCACUGUUUCCCCAUCUGGAAGUCCCUCCAUGCUGUCUGCACACCUACAGAGUGAUACAGGCCAGAGGAGCAACCAAGGGAACUCCGAUGGUCUUUCCAAAGAGCAGCUGGAGCACAGAGAGCGCUCUUUACAGACCCUCAGAGACAUAGAGAGACUGCUUCUGCGCAGUGGGGCCGGUGGAGGCCCCGGGGACACAGUAGGCGCCAACAACGUUGGGGGUAAUAACCCCUCCAAUCUAAAUAAUAACAGUAAUUCUGAAAGGAGCGGGAUGAUGGAGGACAGUGAAAACGGUACCAAUAACUCUGGAAAGAUUAACAGUGGAAACCUGCUGUCAUCAGCUUUGGCUUCGAUGGGGGGCAUGAAGAAGUACGAAGAACCCCUCCAGUCCAUCAUUUCUCAAACACAGUCUCUUGGAGGACCUGCUCUGGACAGCCCUCAGAUGGAUUCACACCCAAAUUUACCGCAACACCCCCAUCACCAGCUGUCUUCCCCCGGCAUCGACAUGGGUCCCUUACUUGGACCUGAGGGUCUGACCCCGGAACAGAUGGCCUGGAGGAAACUCCAGGAGGAAUAUUACAUGGAGAAGAGGCGGCAGCAGGAGAUACAGCCCCCGGCACAUCCUCAGCACUUCAGGAUGAUGAGCGAGAUGGGCAUGCACGGAGGUCCCAUGAUGGUUAGAGGACCUCCUCCUCCUUACCACAGCAAACCUGGAGACCAGCAGUGGGGUCCUGGAAAUAUGAUGGGCGGAGGAAUGGGUGGAAACGUUCGAAUGAUGGACAUGCACCAGGAGGGACCUCGUGGCCCAAGGUUCCUGGGACAGAUGCAGAGAGGACCGCCUGGUGGUGGAGCAUUUCCUGGUAACACAGGUGGAGUUUUAUCAAUGGAGGGUUUAGGACCUCAAAGACCCACCAGACCAGGGAUGAUGUGGAUCGAUGAUAUGCCCACCAACAUGGGGGGUGGAGGUCCCUUUCACGGCUGCUAUCCAGGCGGACCUCCACAGCAUUUGCAGGGGGACCUGGAUCACCUGCUGACUCGUGAUGAGAUGUGUCGCAUCAUGGAGAAGCGGCAGCUGCAGGGGCUUCCUCGGUUCGAACUUGAAAGACUCGUUAAACAGCAACAACAGGGAAACCUCGGACCGAGAAGUCUAGAGAAUUCUGGUGGCCCGGACUUCAACAGUCUAGGAAUGGGCCGGGGUCCUCCCUCAAACCGCGGUGACCCCAUUGACUUCCCCGGCUCACGUGAGAUGAUGGGUUCUCCUGGAGCUGGUCCUCAGAUGAGAGACCUGGUGAACUCUCCCUUAGGGGGGAACCUGACGAUGAGCAUGAACCAACAGAUGAAUGUCCAACAACAGCAGAUGAUGUUGCCCCAGAAGCUCCGAGGGGGUCCUGCGGGAGGGGGGUCUCUGAGUGAGAUGUUCAGCCCUGGAGAGAUCUCACGAAUCCGAGCGUCACAGAACGGAAGAGGAGGAAAUAGGGGGAUGAUUCCAGGACCUGAUGGACCCUUCCAGUUCCCUAAUCAGGGUCCUUUCUCUGGAGGACACGUGGAAGGGACGUACCUUCAGCAGCCUGGCCCUGAGAUGUUUGGGCCUGACCAGCAGAGUCCAAAUCAGAUGGGAGGAACGUCUCGGCUUAGUCACAUGCCAAUGCCCGGAGGCCUCAGGGGGGCAGACCUUGGUCCUCGACACCCCUCUGAUCUGUCAAUCAAUGUCAACCCCCUCACUUCUCCUUCAGUGCCUCCUUCUCAUCAGCUGAAGUCUCCAUCCCUCAACCAAGAGCCAUCUCCACUUCUACCUUCACCUUCUGCUCCAGGACUAAAGUCACCUUCUCAGGUCUCCUCUGCGGGGCAUCAUCCUCCUCUUCCCCCGGCCUCUGGAGCCGGGACCCCUUGCUCUUCUUCCAUGAAAUCCCCCCAGGUAAUGGGGUCUGCCAACCUGGUGCUGCACUCCCCAUCCGCCUCUCCUGGACGACACAAGUCCCCAGCGAUGGCCAUGGGCUCUCCGGGUUGGGCAUCUCCUAAAGCUGCUCUUCCUAGUCCAGGUGGUCCGAUCAGUGGGAAGAUAGUGGGCAACGGAGGGAGCAGUUCUUCAGAGACAGGUACUACCAGAAUCCAAGACCAUCUGAAACUUUUCGAUGCUCUUCCUUGAAUUUCUGCGACAUUAAUCAGUUUUUUUUCCUCUUUUCAGGCCAAUCACUUCCCCCCAGGAGCCCCAACUCCACCCCCAUUAGCCAGCCUGGAUCCAUGAAUCCCAGUAUGCCAUUUACUUCCUCCUCUGACGCCCCUCCGUCUCAGAACCCUCUAUCCCUUAUCAUGUCUCAGAUGUCCAAGUACGCCAUGCCGAGUUCGACUCCUCUCUACCAUGAUGCAAUUAAAACCAUCGCCACGUCUGAUGAUGAGAUGCUGCCGGAGCGACCUCUACUAUCUGGUGUUAGCAUCGGAGGUAAGGCUUGGAGGCUGCGCUGGAUUACUCCGGUGUAGCAGCAAGUGUUUUCAGUUCAGACUGUUGGUGUCAUGGGAGGUUUGCAGAGACAGUGAAUAGAUUCAAUAAACAAGCAAAUGACGAUAACUGAUUUAGAGACUCUUAAAGGGAUAUUCUGGCAUAAGUUUAAACCCUGGUCAAACACGCCAUAACCCUGAGUUGGACACCCCUUCGAGGGAUGAAUGUUGCCAACCGCUAGCUUCCCUAGCGGUUCCACCAACUUCAGUAACGACCGCACGAUAGCAAUACACAGCGGUCUAUGUCUCCACGCGCAAACCUCAACCAAAACGCCACUCUAUAGCACUAUGCACUGCAGACACGGUAGUUCUUCUGCCGUAGUGAUUGUAUUUCCAUGAAGUAAUCAUAAAUUUUCCGAUGCACUUGGGGAUCGACUCGUCAGGGCUCCCCCCACAAACAAGCGGCUGCUGGAGGAGAGUAGGUGAGUUGUGUUUGUCCUGUUGAUGAAGUUAGGUGCUGUUCUGAGCAUUAUUUGUGGCUAUAGAGUGGCGUUUUGGUUGAGGUUUGCGCGUGGAGACUUAGACCGCUGUGCAUUGCUAUCCUGCGGUUGUUGCUGAAGUUAGUAUAACUAAAGAAGCAAGAAGCAGGUGUUUGACCAUGGCUUAAACUUAAGCCAGAAUAUCCCUCUAAGUCUUUUUUCCUGUAACAAAAAUCAACUUAUUCCUUAUUUUUAACCACACCUUGUUUUGGAGUUUAUCAGCAACUCUGGCACUAAAGCCAAAAGCACAAAAUGAAUAAGGAUAACAUUGUUUUAAUAGAAUGUUAUCAAUAAGAAACGGGAGGUUUGAACAAAUAUUAAAGGCACAUGUAAACUGAAAUAACCCAAUGAUUUCUUUUGUCUGUUUUCUUUAUUUUUAUGUUUAUUGAACAUGUUAAAAAACAUCAGUAAAUAUCUGAUUUAUUGUGCGGCUCUAGUUGUUGUUAAAGUUUUGCAUUACUCUGCCCAUGAACCCCUCCCUCAGUCUAAACCCUCACAGUUUGAUGAAGAGACCUGUUAGUAUUUCACCUCUGAAACAUAAUAAAGAAAAAAAAAAACUCCCACUUUCAAACGUCAGUGUUUUUCUAACAUGCUGUUUAUUUAUCACCAGGAAACAUGGGGAACCCCCAGACUUCCCAGAUCCUUGUCUCCCAGGGCUCCAUCGGCCCACACAGUGAUCCACAAAGCCCCAUGGGUAUUGUCAGCCACGGUCAGCAACACCUGUCCCAUGAUGCCUCAGGACCUGUGCUUUCCUCCCCAAACCACAUGGGGAUACCCGCCAUGAACUCCGCCAUGAUGGGAGGUGGUCCACCUGAUGGCAUGGGGCCGUGCAACGUCUCGCCCAUAUCACAGAACCAGAUGGCGGGAUUUCCUCGCAUGCAGCACCCCCCUCAUGGGCCCAUGCACUCUCCCAUCGGGGGGAUGCCGCCGAAUUUCUCUCAGUCUAACGAGGAUAUUCUGUCGUCUCAGCAGUUACACCUGAUCAGCAAAGGUCACCCCCACCAGCGCCCCUCUCACCCCUCAGACUCCUUCUCCUCGCUGCCCAUGGGGGACGGUCCGGAUCUGAGUGAAGUCAUCCGACCCACCCACACGGGGAUCCCGGAGUUCGAUCUGUCCCGCAUCAUUCCUUCUGAUAAGCCCAGCAGCACUCUGCAGUAUUUCCCAAAGAGUGAGCCGCAUCAGAAUCCCCAUCAGGGACCCACAUCCCAGCAGUCCACCCCCCAGCAGCUUCUCAAACAGCUGUCUUCCUCUGGCCCCCCUCACAGCAGCGGCCCCUCAUCCAACCCCCACUUAGCAAACCUGCAGAAUAUGAUGGCUGAGCAGCAGCUGGGCCCUCACCCCUCUCAUGGGGGGAUUCGCCAAGGCAUGGGCCUCCCUCAGGGGGCCUCUAGAGGUAUGGGUCCAGGUGGGGGCAUGGGCCCCAUGUGCCCCCCUGGACAUAUGAUGGGAAGGACAGGCAUGAUGCCCCAACAGCUCCAGCAGCAGCAAGCCAUGAUAGCAAACAGCCUCCUCCACCACCCAUCCAACCCGUACCCCCCGGGCAUGAUGUCUUCCCAGCAGCACCAACACAACCUGAUGGCCCAGCAGAACAUUAUGAUGAUGCAGGCCAAACAGAGGAGCAUCUCAAUGCCAGGGGAUACUUUUGGCCCCCAAGGACCAUUAAUGUCCCCACAGGGUCCUAUGAUGGGCCCCUCCCACCCCCAGUCUGGUAUGACGGGCCCCCAGUCCCUCAGACAGCGUGGAAUGUCUCUGGACAGUCCUAUUGGCUACGGCCCUGGAGGGAUGGCGAACAUGCCGUUCUGAUCCCUGAAGUGUAAAAAAGUCGCUCAGUAACCUUCUUCCCAUUGUGUCCGAGUUUUUUCAUCCAUGUUAUUCCUGCAGUUGUUUGAAAACAGCGAUUCAGUGAUAAUCCUCAAACUCUGGAUUACGACUGAUUGGAAAAAAAAGUUGAAUAUUUAAAAAGCACUGUAAAACAUUCAAAAAGAAAUCUGAAGCCAUUUUCUAAAAUACUGUACAUUCUGUAAAUUUCAAAGAUGUGUGUAUUUGUUGUUGAACAGAGCGGCAGUCAGGAGAGGAGUGCCUCAAAUUUCUAUUUGUUUUAAUAUCAUUGAUUUAUUUUCUCCAACUACCAAACUGUUGUGCAAAAGAAUUAAAUAUAUAAAUAUAAUAUAUAUACUUGCUGUAAAUAAGAUGCAAUUUGUGAUUGUUUGCAGUUGUUCUGUAUAACUGUGUUUUAACAGAAGUCGGAAAUAGAAUAAUUCUGAUCCCUAA